UGGAAUUCAAUAGUAGAGGGGUCUAAAGAAAAGUUAACACAAGAACAGAUAGGAAAAUGAAAAGGAACAAGAGUCUCAAAUCAAAAGUAGGGUCUGAAGUCAACGGCGAAAUGAUGAGUGCUUCAAGAUUUAUAAAGUGUGUCACCUUCGGUGAUGGCGCCAUCGGCAAGACUUGUCUACUCAUUUCCUAUGCUAGCAACACUUUCCCCACCGAUUAUGUGCCAACCGUGUUUGAUAUUUACAGCGCCAAUGUGAUUGUCGAUGGAAACUCCAUCAACUUGGGAGUGUGGGACACUGCAGGACAAGCUGACUAUAAUCGACUAAGACGACUGAACUAUCAUCUUCCUGAUGUCUUCUUGCUCGCAUUCUCUCUCGUCAGCAAAGCUAGCUUUGAAAAUGUUGCUAAAAAGUGGAUUCCUGAACUCAGACAUUAUGCUCCUAAUGUUCCCAUCUUCCUUGUUGGAACAAAGCUUGAUCUUCGAGAUGAUAAGGAGUACUUGCUUGAGAACCCUGGAGCUGUGCCUAUAUCUACUUCUCAUGGUGUUGAGCUAAUGAAGCUUGUUGGUGCUUCUGCUUAUAUAGAGUGCAGUGCUAAGACACAACAGAACGUUAAAGCUGUCUUUGAUGUGGCCAUCAAAGUGGUUCUCCAGUUACACAAAAACAAUAAGGAGACCAAGAAAAAGAGAAAAUCUCAGAAGGGAUGUUCUAUAUUGUGAUUAGGAGAAGAAGAAACACGAAUCAACAGUUGAAUAAUCCUUGUUUCCGAAUGCACAUACCCUUUUUCUUUUUAUUAACACAGGAAUCUGUUAUUUGUAAAGAACUGAAAUUUUAGAACAACUCAUUGGUCAAGUACUGAAAAUGUCAAGGUUGUAUUCUUUGUUUCCA